UCCAGUGGGUGAGGAUCGCUGAGCUUUGAAUGUCUGUUGGUGUGACGUCACAGAUGCGUGGGAUUUAAAGAAAGGAAUGAGGAAGUGUUUGGCUCUCCUCUUUACAGCAGUUCUGAUGUGUGGGGGUGGGUGUGUAAGGCAGCUCUUUACAUCUAGCUUUCCCAACUGUAGUUCUGACAAAACCAAAUGAUGAGGACCAACUGAUGAGUGCCAAAGAAUUACAACACCUCGAAAUCAAGGCAUUAAGGGCUCACAACAUCGGAGGUCUUGUACAUCCUGCUAUCACUUCUGCUGUCUUCCUUGAAAAUGAAUGAUUCAUUAAAAGAGGAAACUCUUCUUUUGGCAGAAUACUAUAUUCAGUCUUGUCUGGGAAGUGAGAGUCGAACUAUCCCAAAUCUUACAGCUGCGACCCUGCGCCGAGUCGCGGGUGAUGUGGAGCGACGGAACCGGGUUACUUUUGAGUCCAUUCAGAGCUACAUGCAUUGCCCUGGAUCCAGCAGUGGUAUCGCGGACCCUUGCACAUUUCUUCGACGUGUUGGUUACCAGAUGCAGCAGGAUGGUAACAUGAACUGGGGUCGGCUAGUCACUUUGUUUGUAUUUACUGGUGUCUUAGCUAAGCAGAUGAGUCAAGAGCGGGGUACAGAAACGUCAAGGAGUCUGGCAGAAGCCCUGUCUAACUAUAUCAUACAAGAGCAAGGAACAUGGCUAGUCAGUAACGGGGGAUGGGCUGGAUUCCGAAAUUUCUUUGAAGCAUACGCAGAACCUUAUGAUCCUACAGUUCGGAAUGCAAUAAUGGCUGCAGCUGGAUUUGGACUAGCAGGAUUAGCAUUUCUGCUGGCUGUGAGAUAAAGUGAAGAAUCUCAAAAAGAGUUGUGCAGUAUGCAGUACAAUAUCUGUCACCAGCUGGAUUUGAACUAGCAGGAUUAGCAUUCGUUGGUUAUGCAGUAGAGAGAUGCAGAUUGCCAUUAUAUCAAGACUCCUAGAGUGACUGUUUUUAUUUUUUUUUUGCCCCAGGUAUGUAAUACAUAGUACUAGACCACAUAAAACAUUUUCCAUAUGUGUUCUGCUGGACAGUUUCAGGAAAAAAAAGAAACAAGACUGCAUUCAUCAUUCGAUAUUUGAAAAGGUGAAGCUAAAUUUUUGUUGUUCUGUUGUCCCAUUUUAUACAUGCAACUCAAUGCAAACAUUAUUUGUAUUGCUGAUUUUAGGGGAUCCUCUUUCUCUCCUAUUACAGGCUUUAUAGUCUUUCUGCCAUUUUUUCCCUUUGUACUUGGCCCACAUUUGGACUGGAAUAUGCAAAAUAAAAGCUGCUAUCAAGGGCCUUUCUUGGCAGUUCUACUACGGCCUUGGCCUUUCAUGUUUUACCAAAAUUUUUUUUUCCUGUAGCUUCUUGUGAAAAGUUUUCUGUUUUCUGCCUCUCUCCAGACAGAAGCUCUGAUGUACUAGGUCUGUAUCUAUAGGGGGUGUGUAAGCAAGAAAACAUGACUGCAGUAGGUAAUGUUUUCUUUGGGAAUGUCAGCAGAUAUGCUUACAGAGUCCCUGGAAUAUGCAACUUUUUCGAAAUAAAAAGUUUUUUUUUUAAAGACCAUAAUGAAUAAUAUACAUAAGUCUGGAGAUGAAGAGAUGGUUUCCCUAAAGUGACAUAUUUGGGGUCUGAUUGCAGUCCGUGAUAUGUUCUGAAGACUCCACAUGUGUUUUGCACUAAAAAAGGUCAAAUGAACAACUGGGUAUAGCUACUUAACUACAGAUAAAUUUCACCAAAGCAUUUCUGUAUUUGCUGUUAUAAAGCAGGAAACCAUUUGUAAGUUCUGUUUUCCCUUUCAAUAUUUAGUACUAACCAACAUUUUUUAUCUGCAUUUUAUAACCAAGUCCUCUAAUCUUUUUCUGAUCAUGUUGAUUGUGGUCCGAAUGAUAAACUUGCAAGAAAAAUGUUUUGAGUGGUUAUGCCCUUGUACAUGUUCACGUAUGCUGAGUACCAUGUGUAACUUAAAUGCUGUUAACCACUUUGGAAUGUUAUAUUUUAAUAUAAUUAAAAUGUACUGUUUUCAGCACAGUUUAAUUCUUUUGAAUUCAGUCCCGGCUGGCUGGGGUAACAAAACAAUAAUUUUUGUUUUAGUGCAAGUCAUUUUCUUACCUGAGGGUUGUUUUGUAUCUAUGAUAUAGAAUAUUAAUUUUGUUUCAGUAUCCAUUAUCUUGGGCCAGAAUUUUCAAAGCCAAUCAUUAUUUCUCACUAGGUGCUAUAGAUCAGGACCAAUGUUUGUAUACAAAUCCUUCCAUGUUCAUUGAAAUGCACCAAAGUACAAGGUGCCCAAUAUGAUUCUGUAGACGUGGGAGAAUGUAGUGCAUAAUCUGCUAUCGCAGUACGUUGUCAUCUGUUGAUAAAGACUCUGCCAUUUAUUGUGACAGAGAGUUGGGCCAGUAAAAUGUGUACCUGUGUGGAACCUUGCCCAUCUCCUUUGGCAGAUUCUCUCUAUUCCCACCUGAUUUACAAAGCCAUGCCCUGAUAAAGCAUGCUGCUAUGGUCUCUGUGCUCACUGAGACUAUUUGCAUGGGAAUGUAUGAGGACUGGACAUGGUGAGGUAGACCAUUUUAUGAAUGUACUGCACAUUUCUUCUCGCACAGUAUUUAGUUUAUCAUAAGUGUAUCAUGGGUAAGACAAAAGCUGUCUGUUUUCAGUUCUGUAUGUAAAAAGGAUCCCUGUACUUAGAAAUUUGAGUCACGCAGUCUUUUUGGGUUCAGGUUGAAAGCAUAUUAGUAUGUCAGUUUGAACAGCAGUUCAGUUUUUUUACCCAGCCAUCAAACAUUGAGCAUAAGACACUUUGUUAUUAAAAUACAGGAAAUUAAUGAAAAUCUGCUUAUUCAUCAUAAAUAUUUUGAGUCUCUGUCUUUCUGUUAAUUUUCUGUUAUAAAUUCCAGCAUGCUUUCCAUUAAUUAAUAUAGUGUUACACGGACAAUGCCCGGAUCUCAAGGACAGAUGUACUUUGAUGCAAUAAAAAUAAACCAUUUUUAAAAUAA